AUGCGGUUGCGCAUUCAAACACAAAACCCGUUACCCCCGUUGAAAGCAUGGUUUACACCAGACGUACAGGAGACACCUGAAACUAUCCACGAUCUCAAAGAAAACCUUUGUCGGGAGGUUCAUGUUCUUAAAAAUGGAGCACUCAAAGCGGAACAAUUGACAUUGCUGCUUGAUGGGUUCGAGCUCUUGGACGACACUCCUUUUGACACUGUCGUGAGAGAUGGCGAUCUUAUUUGCAUUAAAUCAAGACCAUUGGAUCGUACAGCGAACUCUAAAGUGGCUUUGGGGGGCGAGCAAGAAGUUCCUCGUGGGCUGAAGAGGAAGCGUUCGAUUAGUGUGCGCGAACCAACCGUAACUUUGUCAAAAAAGCGCGUAGUCAAACGCGCUGAAUCACCAGAAGAUAGCAGCUCUGAAUCGGAUUCCUCUUCUUCGUCUUCCUCCUCUUCAUCAUCGUCGUCGUCUUUAUCUUCAUCCACGUCGUCUUCAUCCUCCUCCUCUUCCACCUCCACCUCCUCUUCCUCUUCUUCUGCCUCUUCAUCACCCCCGAAGCCACAGUCAUCUAAAGCACCGAUCACUGUUGCGUCUAAAUCUAUACCCACAUCAGGCCAGACCGCCACUUACCACACUCCUCCGGGCUUUGGAAAGCCUGCUACCCACUCAAGAAACCAGCGCCGUCGGAAAAAGAGAGAAUUAGAAAAGGCCGCCGCUCUUGCUGCAAAUGCUCCGCCGAAAGGCAGCUCAGAUGCUAACUCACUGCCGUUAGGGCAACCAAGGACACGAAACGAGCCUGCUGCCGCAGGCCCCGUGGUCCAGUCUACGCCUACGCCCGCUCCUCAACCAGCGCGCGUUGAAGACGUGCAAGAAAAAACUCCCAUUAGGAGCGAAGAUGCGAGCUCCAGGAGCACCCCGGUCUAUAUCACCAAAGAUCAAGUCAUGAUGGGCUCACUGCGAAACAAAAACAAAAAGAAGGGGUUCAAACUUUCCAUGGCCAAUCCUAUUCCUCAAAAAAUCGUAUUCUCCGCUGAGACGUCUGCAGGCACAGCCCCGAAGGACAUCGUGGCUCAGAAUGAACCACCGGCACCUGCGAUGGACGUGGAUUCUUCCCCGCAUCGACCUCCUCCGAAGGCUGCCCGGCCGCCACCGCGCCUUGUUCCUCCAUCCGAACUACAAGACGCGGGGCUGCUCCCUCCCAACAUGUUCGUGACGAGCGUAGAUGUCGAGGCUGGCAUGUGGGAUAACAUCAGCGCUGAACAGCAAUCGUCAAAUAAACGCAAGAACCGCAAAAAGGCUGCCAAAUCGCGAAAUGAAGACGAGUAUUAUACCCGGGACGAUUGGUACGCCCGAGAUGAAUCUUUCGCUGAAGACUAUUCCUCUGUGGCGCUGCCAUACUCGGAGGAGGUCGAGGCGGAUUCAAAUAGUAAAUACCCGUCGACAUCAGAUCACUUUGACUGGGAGCAAGCAGAGCAGGUCUGGGACAAAAGUGCGGUUGUAUCCAGCUCUGAGCAGCUAGUAAUUGGUGCCAUUGUCGGUUGGAAGGAACUUGCCAUGAAUCCUCAAACACUAUCACCAGAAUUUUUGCUGAGCGCUGCGAAGAUCAUCCGCGUUGAAGCGCCUACCACUCCUACACCAUCAGGGCACCAAAUAUCAGUAGCAGUUCGAGCUAUACCUCGUUCUGGAUCGAGUCAGGCAGCCUUGUCUUUUGGUCUUGCUGGAGAUUGGGAUGCAGACGGAGAAGGGGAGGGUAGUUUGGGUGAAGAAGAGAUUCUUUCAUGGGCUGAGGGAAUGGAACCCCAGUGGCGCAUUCUAAAAGGUCUGGAUUGA